GGAACACUGGACCCUCGCGAAUCUAGUGGGCUAGUCAGCAGAAGCAGCAGACACAACUUUUACCAGGGCUGUGUUUAUUUACGCGAGCUGUACGGUCUCCAGAGCAAAGUUACACUCCAGAAUUCAGCACCGGAGCUGUCCAGCCUCCGCGCCCUCAGCUCGUGCCUCAAAACAACGCUGUUUGCUCGGCUGCGGAAUAUUUGUUUGACGGGGUUACAUACUGUACACUGACCGCCGCGAUCACACACGCAUAGCCUUCACUGACGAAAGCAAACCUUGAAAUGACUGCUGGCAGCGCGUGAGAGGAGCAGAAGGAAUCGAGUCCCAAGUACCGGAGCACCAUCCCAUUUCCUUCAGCCAUGGGUGUACUGAUGUCCAAGAAGCAGCAGGUGGAGAAGGUGCAGAAGUGCAGCGUGGUGGUGUCAGCAUUUAAAGACGGUCUGAAGGACCGGGCGGCCCCAGCGGCUGGGGCCCCGACUGAAGAGGUCAUAGCUGAGAACGGGGACGGAUCUGCUGAUGGAUCCCACCAGGCGAACAAGGAGCAUACUGAACUGAAAGACAAGGACAGCAAACCAGGGUCAUUACCAAAUCAGCAGGCCUCAGCUCCGCCCAGAGAGGCACAUAAGGCCAAUCAGGAGGCUUGGGGGCGGCUCCGUGAUGGAAAGGGGGUGGAGCCUGAGGAUCUAAAGAAGGCACAUCAGCUCGCUCCUCCUGCGUUUGUGCGGCCAAAGAGAGAGGUCAACGACGACCAACCGGUAGACGUGCCACUUGGGCAAAGAGAGCAGGUAAUAUGGAUGAAAACCGAAAGACUCUUCCUCUUCCUCCCUCAGGAUAAUGUGAACCUGCUGCUUACUGAAGAAGAGAUGUACAGUCUGAUGGAAACCUUCAAACAGUGCAAGAUCAUCCCAGAGUCGUGCCUGGUGUCAGAUGAACUCCUGCAGUACAGGCACUUUGUGACCAAGCAGCUCUUUGAAAGAGACUUGACGGAUGAGGAGGAAGAGGAGGUUCUGGCCCAGUUUGCAGCGCUGGAUCCAGAGAAGAAGGGUCAGAUUGAGUGGUCUGACUUCCUCUACCACGAGUCACUUUCAGUGCUGCAGAAGUUCCGGACCGAGAAUUCGCUUGUGAGAAUCCUCACAGCGAAGGAGAGGGACCGAGCACGGGCCGUAUUUCAGAGUAUAGACCAGGACAAAGAUGGGAUCAUCACUGCCGGAGAAGCCAGAAAAGCCCAAACUUCCUGGUUCCACAAGAUUAACAAAGAAUCACAGUCCUGCAGUGUCAGUAUCAGCCAUGUUGGUCCAAUAUCUGAGAGCAGUCCUGCCAGUUCCAGCAGCGAGAGAAGCAGAGAUAAAGCUUUGGAGAAUGACAACAGACCCAUUACCUGGGACAACUUCCUGAGGGAGAGCGCCAUCUACAUCCUGGCUGCCAGGCCCAACAGCUCAGCCAUGCACAUCCGUUUACCACUCUAACCAUGGCCAUAUAGCCUGAGACUUCUAGAGGGGCUUCCCAGGUCCGGAUUCACGAAAGAGCGGUGCUGAGGACUAAACCGAGAGUCACAUGAGAGUCAAACGCAAAAGAGUACCCCACCACAUGCUAAGUCUGCACAAGCAAUCGAAGGAUUCUUCCUCUAACGCCACAAUCUAAUAGCGACACACUGACAAAUUCAAUGCUACUGAACAAUAGCACAUCUGUCACCACUUCUUGAGCUUUUACGAGCUUGUAUGGUUUCGGUUUUUGUGACCAAGUAACUGUUUCGAUCAGAGAACCUGCUGCAAGAAACACUGUCACACAUUAGCAGAUUUACAGCACCACAGUGUUUGCGUAGUGUUUUUGAUGUUAACGUGUUGUAUAAUUUUUGAGUUGCGGCUCUAGCCUGAUGAGUUGCGAUCGAUGGAUCCAUGUGAGAACAGUGGUUGAAUCAUUGCUGAUCUAAUUUCAGUCACCACAAAAUAUGAAUAUAAUAUAGUAGGCAACAGUGGUGCCACAGAAAUCAAAGUGAGAUGCUAUAUAUAGAUACUAUAUAGUCUAUAUACAUAUAUAUACAAAAUAUUGUAUGUGUAUUUAUUCCCAUACCUUCAGGGAUGGAUUAUGGACCGGGCCAAGGAGCUUCCAGACUGCCAGGGGCCUAAAGUUGAGACAUGGGAAAACAAAGGAAAUUUAAAAUUGUUGUUGACACACAAACGCUACUUGUAAUUAAGAUACAGAUUGGCAUCAACUUGAAUUUUCAGUCACUUGACAGUACAUUUGCGAGUCAGAAUUAUGAGAAGCUAUAAUUCUUUUUUUACUUUUAUAUUAUAUUUCUGAGUGAAACAUGAUAUGUAAUGAGAAAAAAGUGGGGUGGAAUUUAAUUUGACCUGUGACUGGAUUGUGAAACAUGAUCUUCAUUUCUAAAACCUAGUGAGCUGCCAACUUAGGUAGUAUUUCAAGGCAAUAUAGGCAUCUUACUGACGCAAAAUCUGCUCUAAAAUGUACAGGCAGCAUAAAUGAGCAAAUCAAUAGUGAACAUUUUAUAAAAAAAAUUUUUUUUAUUUAAUUAAAAAAACGUGAUUUUACCCAAUAUUUGUUUAUGUAUAUUUAUGGUUAUUAGAGUAUUGAUUUGCUAGCUAGCAAAUGUUAAUUCCAACUGCUAUUGAAAUGAAUUGGGUUAGGUUUUAUUAUAAUUAUGAUACUCUUUAAGAUAAAUCAUUUUAACUUAUAAUACGUAUGACUAAAUACUAAAACAAAU